AUGGCUACAAGGAAGGAUUUAAUCGAUGCAUUCUUAGCUGUGAGAACAUCUUUGGAUGCGGAUGGAGAGUUAAGUCAAAUAAAAGCUGCUAUGAGAACAAAAGUCAUGAAGUUGCUGGAGGGUUCACAUAGAUCCAGUAGAUCUAAAUGUCUAAAGUCUCCGCGCGAAGUUUUAAUUAUUAACGAACUUAUUAGAGAGUAUUUGGAUUGGAUGGGAUACAAGUAUACAUCAACGGUGCUCAUUUCGGAAUGUGAAUUAUCGAAACAACCUUUGGAUCGAACCUUCAUUAAUAAAGAUUUGGGAACUGUGGAAACGGAAAAGACAAAAGAUGUGCCAUUACUGUUUUGCCUUAUCGAAACAUUAAAGGAAAUAAAAGGCGUGUAAUCGUAAUAAAGUGAUAAUCAUAAUUAUUAUGUAAAUUUAAAGUCUUGCUUUAAAGAAAAAAAA